GCCCAGCUUUCCUUGACCUUGUGGACAAGGUGACAGUCUCUUGUAGACAAGCGGGGUGAGGACUGGGGGAGGAGAGAGAGUGCCUUCUCCCUUGCUCCCCGAGCCGCCGGGCGGGGGCUCCCCACUCCCGGGAACUGCGCUGUCUGCGCCUCGCCGCCGCGCUCCUCCGGCCUCGCUGGCAGGGCCAGGCGUGGACGCCGCCGGACCGCUAAGUCUUGAGGGACGGUAAAGCGCUGGCUGGCGUCGGGGCCCCUGCCGAGGGUCGGGCGGGAGCCGGCGCAGGGGAGCGAGAUGGAGGCGGCGAGAGGGGCCGCGGGAGCCGGCGCCGAGUAGCUUGCGGACCCCCGGGCUCGCUCCUCCUCCGGCGCUGUGGCCUCGGCGGGCGCCCGGGCGCGGCGGGCGGGGCCCCCGGGGCUGCCAUGGAGGUACCUAGCGUCAAGGACUUCCAGUGGAAGCGCCUGGCGCCGCUGCCCAGCCGCCGGGUCUACUGCUCCCUGCUGGAGACCGGAGGGCAGGUCUAUGCCAUCGGGGGAUGUGACGACAAUGGCGUCCCGAUGGACUGCUUCGAGGUCUACUCCCCCGAGGCUGACCAGUGGACCGCCCUGCCCCCCCUACCUACAGCCCGGGCCGGGGUGGCCGUCACCGCCCUGGGGAAGCGGAUCAUGGUGGUCGGGGGUGUGGGCACCAAUCAGCUGCCCCUGAAGGUCGUGGAGAUGUACAACAUCGAUGAGGGCAGGUGGAAGAAGAGGAGCGUGCUGCGCGAAGCGGCCAUGGGCAUUUCCGUCACCGCCAAAGAUUACCGAGUGUACGCAGCAGGCGGGAUGGGCCUGGACCUCCGUCCGCACAACCAUCUCCAACACUAUGACAUGCUCAAGGACAUGUGGGUGUCCCUAGCACCCAUGCCCACCCCAAGAUAUGCUGCCACCUCCUUCCUCCGAGGCUCCAAGAUCUAUGUACUGGGGGGACGACAGUCCAAGUAUGCGGUCAACGCCUUUGAGGUCUUUGACAUCGAGACUCGCUCCUGGACCAAGUUUCCCAACAUUCCCUGUAAGCGGGCCUUCUCCAGCUUUGUGACCCUGGACAACCGCCUGUACAGCCUGGGAGGCCUGCGGCAGGGUCGGCUCUACAGGCAGCCCAAGUUCCUGCGGACGAUGGACGUGUUUGACAUGGAGCAGGGGGGAUGGCUGAAGAUGGAACGCUCGUUCUUCCUCAAGAAGCGGCGAGCAGACUUUGUGGCCGGCUCUGUGAGUGGACGGGUCAUAGUGGCCGGAGGACUUGGGAACCAGCCCACUGUCCUGGAGACGGCGGAGGCAUUCCACCCGGGGAAGAACAAGUGGGAGACCCUCCCUCCCAUGCUCACACCCCGCUGUGCCUGCUCCAGCAUCGUCCUCAAGAACUGCCUCCUGGCUGUGGGGGGCGUCCACCAGGGUCUGAGCGAUGCAGUGGAAGCGCUGUGUGUCUCUGACUCCUAGCUGUCCCCGGGCCCAGCGCCCUUGCUCCGGACCAUAUCACCCUGCUCUUGACGUGAGGAAUGGUGUCUCCCAAGCACUUGGGGUUACUUCCCAGGAUGCCAGUUCCUGCCAGCACCCAGUGGGUCAGGCCCUGGGGCUCGAAGUGACCUCACUCCGCCUGCAGACCCCACCAACCCCAGAACACUGUAAAGAGUGCAGAUGACUCCACCUGCCCCAGGUUGGAACUCAGCUGUCCUCUGGGAAGAUUUCUCUACUGAAUGCUCAGCCACAGGAAGGCACAGGAGUACCUCCUGCCUUGUCCCCGGGGAGUCCCCUGAUAUCUGCCUUUCCCUCAUCUCCAGGCAAGAGGGAGGUAGGGUAGCUCUGACCCUGAGGAUCUGUUACUGCGCUUUCCUUUCCCCAGCUAUGAAUUAGUGUGGUUGUCUCUUUGGGGUGGAAAAUGGGGAAGGACUGGAGGGUUCCAAAUCCUCUCCUUUGGUCUAUAUCCUUUCCCCAUUGGGGGGCCAACUGUGGGCCUGUCCUGGACCUCAUCUAUUUAGCAAGAAUUGGUCUAGGGGUUAGAGGCAACUGAAUUGGAAGGGAAGUCAGGUUCACCUGGACCAGUCCAGGUCAGUAGCCUUGGCCAGGAGGGACCCAUUCCCGUCUGGGUCCUUGAUGGGAAUGUGAUGAUGGGGAAGGAGCAUUCUCCCAGGCCUGGCUCUGCUCCCCCACUUCUCUCCUCACUCCAUUUCUCCUUCUGCCACCCCCUUCCCACCAGAAGCUUGGCCCUUUUGUCACCGAUGGCCCCCAGAGUAUUUCCUGUGUGACACCUUCUCAUUUACACUGUGGCAUCAAAGUCCAUCAUGGAUGGAUUAAUUGCACUCUGGUUAAUAGCAGCAGCACAAUGAUUAAAAAUCUAUAUUCAUAUCCUCUCUGGCCCCUGGUGCAGGGGUGGGUUGUGGACGGGCGUCUUGAUGGGUUGAGGGGACCUGAUGACACAUCCCUCUGACAUUCUCAUGGUAUAUAGGGUCACAGGUAUAACCAUGUGUUCUUGGCCACUCCUGCAGGGGAAUUCCAUCUUCAAACCAUCCCCCUCCUAGCCAACCCGCUCCCAGAAAAGCAGGGUAUUUUCCUUCUUUUAAGCAUCCAAACUCCACAUAUAUGUUGCAAACAGGUUUCAUUCAUUAAAUCUCUUCUUCAUCAGGUUACUACUUCUUACAUCUAACCUCAAUUCAUUCUGCUUAAGCUCAUUUUUGUCUUCUCCAGAGUAGAAAGGGAUUGCUCAUGACUUAAUGAGAAUAUGUCUCUUUUUAGCUUGUAUAACACCUCUUUCUGUUUCCCAGUUAUUUUUUUAAUCUUCAUUUUAUUGAGAUAUAUUCACAUACCAUGCAGUCAUACAAAACAAAUCGUACAUUCGAUUGUUCACAGUACCAUUACAUAGUUGUACAUUCAUCACCUA